AUGGCCGCAUCCACCCUGUCCGUCUGCUCCAGCAACGCCUGCCCCGACUCCUGGCAGGUGGACGACUGCCCAGAGAGCUGCUGCGAGCCCCCCUGCUGUGCCCCCUCCUGCUGUGCCCCCUCCUGCCUGACGCUCAUCUGCACCCCUGCGAGCUGCGGGUCCAGCCCCUGCCAACCAGCCUGCACCAGCUCCUGCCAGCCCUCCUGCUGCAGCUCCUCCCCCUGCCAGGAAGACUGCUGCGUGUCUCUCUGCUGCAAGCCCGUCUGCUGCACCCCUGUCUGUUGCAAGCCCAUCUGCUGCACCCCUGUCUGCUGUGAGGCCUCUCCCUGCUCAGGCUCUUCAUGCUGCCAGCAGUCUAGCUGCCAGCCCUCCUGCUGCAGCUCCUCCCCCUGCCAGGAAGGCUGCUGCCAGCCUGUCUGCUGCACCCCUGUGUGCUGCAAGCCCGUCUGCUGCACCCCUGUCUGCUGCAAGCCCGUCUGCUGCACCCCUGUGUGCUGCAAGCCCGUCUGCUGCACCCCUGUCUGCUGCAAGCCCCUCUGCUGCACCCCUGUCUGCUGCAAGCCAGUCUGUUGCACCCCUGUCUCCUGCAAGCCCGUCUGCUGCACCCCUGUCUGCUCCGGGCCCUCCUCCUUCUGCCAGCCCAGCCCCUGCUCCUCGUCCUGCUGCAGACCGUCCUCCUGCAUGUCCCUGCUCUGCCGCCCCGUGUGCAGGCCCGCCUGCUGCGUGCCCGCCUCGGCCCAGAAGUCCUGCUGCUGA